ACCACGUCCCUGCCUGCUCGACCAAGGCCGCCGAUCAGAGCGAGCGAGAGGCACUGAAGGCGGGGGAUCUGGGGACCGCGCAGGCCUUGGCACGGUGAUGGGGCGUAUGGCCUGCGGGCUUCUCCCCCGCCACCCCGCUCGCUAUGAUGCUGCUGAGCAGGAAGUCGGAAGGUCCCCUCUCGGCAGGUUUGGAGAUGGCUUGUAUGAUUCUUACAUGAGAAUAGAUCAGAUUAGAUAUCCAGAUCCUACAAAUGAAGAAUGCACCCCUUCUGGUUUUCCUUCAUUAGGGAGAUCUAAUGUAACUACUAACUCAAUCACAAUGAAGGAUCAUCCUUUGACUGGGAGCCAAGUCAAAGUUGAGCAAUUAUUUGAAGACUCUGGAAAUAGAAGGAGCAGUACUCUGCAGUCCUCUGGAAUAAAUGGCUCUGAAAGGUCAUUUCCAACUCCAGCAAAAGAUAAAAGCACUGAUAGUAUAUGCACCAUCAAAAAUAGUGGCAGCUCAAUAAAAGCACAGAAAGCUGGUUGUCAGUCUGCAGAGCAAGCGCUGAAGCAAUAUAAGCAGCAGCUAACAGCCUACGAGCAACAAGAAAUACUUAAUUUUCCUGAAAUCUAUUUUGUGGGCCCAAGUGCAAAGAAAAGACAAGGAGUCAUUGGUGGCCCAAACAAUGGUGGAUAUGAUGAUGAGCAAGGCAGCUACAUUCAUGUACCUCAUGACCAUCUUGCCUACCGAUAUGAAGUACUUAAAAUAAUUGGGAAAGGCAGCUUUGGCCAAGUAGCUAAAGUGUUUGAUCACAAACACCACCAACAUUUGGCUCUAAAGAUGGUACGCAACGAGAAACGAUUUCACCGGCAAGCGGCAGAAGAAAUACGCAUCCUGGAACAUCUCAAAAAGCAAGAUAAAACUGGCAGCAUGAACGUUAUUCACAUGCUAGAAAGUUUUACCUUUCGAAAUCACAUAUGUAUGACUUUUGAGCUCUUGAGCAUGAAUCUGUAUGAGCUGAUCAAAAGAAAUAAGUUUCAAGGCUUCAGUGUGCAGCUUGUACGUAAAUUCGCCCACUCAAUAUUGCAAUGUCUGGAGGGGCUUUACAGAAACAAAAUUAUACAUUGUGACUUAAAACCUGAAAAUAUUCUUCUAAAACAGCAAGGGCGGAGUGGAAUCAAAGUAAUUGAUUUUGGAUCUAGCUGUUUUGAGCACCAAAGAGUUUAUACUUACAUCCAGUCUCGGUUUUACAGAGCCCCAGAAGUUAUCCUGGGAAGCCGCUAUGGGAUGCCCAUUGAUAUGUGGAGUUUUGGUUGUAUUCUUGUGGAACUUCUGACUGGUUAUCCUUUGUUUCCAGGAGAGGAUGAGAGUGAUCAACUAGCUUGUAUGAUGGAGCUCCUUGGAAUGCCCCCACAGAAAUUGCUAGACCAAUCCAAGCGAGCCAAAAACUUCAUCAAUUCGAAAGGUCAUCCUCGCUAUUGCUCUGUAACAACACAAGCAGAUGGGAAAGUCACUCUUAAUGGUAGCAGAUCACGAAGGGGUAAAAUGCGCGGUGCUCCAGGCAACAAGGACUGGAUCACAGCAUUAAAAGGCUGUGAUGACCCUUUGUUUAUAGAGUUCUUAAAAGAAUGUCUUAAUUGGGAUCCUUCUGCACGGAUGACUCCUAGCCAAGCUUUAAGACAUCCUUGGAUUUGUAAGCGAGUACCUAAGCCUCCCAGUGUGGAUAAAAGUUCAGGCAAACGGAUUGCUCACUAUACAAGCUCUUUCCCAGGGAUAGGUUCCAGAUUACCCCCAGUUGUUGGGGUAGCAAACAAACUGAGAGCUAAUCUAAUGUCUGAUUCAAAUGCCAAUAUACCUCUAUGUACCGUGCUACCAAAAUUGGUCAGCUAAUAGAGAAUUUCAUAUUCCCAGAGUACAUAUACUGUGUUUGUUAUUAUCUCCUUGAAACACAAAGACAUAAGUGUAGGGGGUCUGGGGAAAAAAAUUAUUGAAGGCUGAAUCUUGUGUAAAAAAAAAAACUGAAUGAAAACAUAAACAUUUUAAGGGCUAUAAUUAUUUAAUCAAAUUGUUUCAGCUAGAAUGGGAUGCUUGUAUUACUUCUGAUAAGUCAAUGCAUUUGUUUUAUUCAAUGAGAUCACAUGCUGUAUAACAGAUUUUAGAACAACAUUCUAAUAAACCUCAAAAUAACUUCUUAUGCAGAGAGUCAAUGAUAACCAGACAAUUGGGUGCAAAGUGGUUUAAAGAUAAAUUGCAUUUGAUAGUGAAUUCCUUACAGAAUGAUGGUCAAAAAGCACAAGUUCUUAAGUUUUUUGUUCUCUAGGAGUUAUUGUAGUAAUUUCUACAUAUAACUACAAGAUUUCUGAGUUUGCGAAAAUCAAUUUGCGGACUUUCCUUCAAAUUGCUUGCAGACAAGCACCUUGAAAAAAGUGGGUGGUGAGCUGGAGCUAUGAAGAUACUAGUUUUUGGACUCUCAUUUUAAUGGUUUUAGUUCUUCAUUCCAACAUUUUAAAUUGAAUUUAUUGAUCACAUAUGGAGAUAAAAAUAUUUCUGAGAAAAUUUCUUGUCUGUUAAAGUAAGUUGCUUUUAAUUUUAGUAAAGGAUAAACUCUGAGGAAGAUGCUGUUUUCACGUCUCAACCUCAAUUAGAUGCAGAAAGAUGGUGUUUCAAAUAUUUUGUACAGGAAAAUGUAACAGGCAGCAUCUGGAUACUGGAAAAUAAAGUAGAUGUAUUUUACUAGUGCAUGUGAGCUUGGGUCUUGGUUUUCCCAUUCAAGGUCUUGAUUAUAAACCCUUGAUCUUUAGCAAAGCACAAAACAGUAUUACAUAGCCCUGAAGUACAGUUUGGGUAUACGGUGCUGGAUCUCUCUGUAUUAUUGGUAUCCAUUUGCAUUGGAUGUUCACCAAUCAGUUGAAGAUUAACUGUUUAAAUUCCAUUUCCCAUGUUGGAUGCAUUCUGUGUGACUGUUAAUAAUUUCGUAGAACAGCUAAUUACUGAGAAAUUAAUUUGCUUCCUCUUGUUUUUGUGUUAGCUGUAUUUACUCUCACGAGUUAAUAUCACAAGUGCUAGUUUAUAUCAUGCUGUUUAUUCAGAUUGCAAUGCAAUUUCUGUACAUGUGUGUUAAUAAUAGUCCUGCAUAACUAGGAAAAUGUGAAGAGUCUUCAAGAAUGGAGAUUUUAUAGAUGCCGCCAAUUAUUCAGAACCAGAAAGCUGUACUGCAUUUACAUAUAAAUUAUUCUGAUUCCAAAUAAAUACCUUAAUUUCCUUGUUUCAGGUAGUUGGGCUGUAAUGCAAUCUGCAUAGCCAUUUAAGAUUAUUUGAUAUUAAGAAUUCUGUCUUAACAGUAAUAAUGAUCACAGCACAGGCUUUUUAGAUUGUCAACAUCCUCAAGGCAAUUCAGACAAAAAUAAUUUAUUGUGGUAGCAGACAUUGAGUGUAUAAAGCGUUGCACAUAUCUUCUCAGAGAUAAGUCCCAAUGAACUCAGUGGGAUUUGCUCCCAAAUUCAUUUGUAUAGCACAGUUUAAAGGAACCUUCUACUUGAAUAGUU